UGGGCAUUCAUGUGGAACAUAACAAAAUUCAGCUGAGAUGCAUCUUUUAUCAUUUUAAAAUAAGAUAAAGCAAAGAUGGGAUUACACAAUUUGACUGUUCUUUUCCAAAUAACAGCAUUUUUGCUGUCUUUCAUAUUGUCAUUUUUCAUAUUCAUCCCUUUAGCUGUGAAUCAGUAUCGGUUUAAUGCACAUUGCUUACUGUAUGCAUCCGGACACUGGAACACUUCUGACAUUUCUCAACUGACAGAUAUAACAUGGGGGCCAAACAGUGCUUGCGGGUUCGGUUUGUUCAUCGGAAUUGUUUUGAUGCUAGUUACACUGUUCUACAUUUGCCUUGAUGCAUUGCAUCUGUUCAGGGAAACUGAAAGUUCAUGGCUAGAUUCAAUGCUGACAGGCUUGGUUUCACUGGUGUUGAUGCUGAUGCUGUUUUCAGAGAGCAUCACAAUAUCUGUGGGCUUUAAAGAAUGGUGCAAUCUUCUGACAAAUCCCCCUUCUGAGAUUACUUCGUGUGAAUUGGCAGAGUAUGUCACAUUUUAUAGCGAAGACAAGAUCAACAUCAACAAUUUCUACACUCACAUGAAAAUGGCAGAGUUUGGAAGCUGGUCAAACUUUAUCUGUUGGCUGUUCCUUUUUGUGACGUCAUUUUACAAGCUGGUACGCUACCAGCGACACGAGACGUUUAUGGCAAGUGUAAACCGAGAACGCGAGAGAUUAGUCCAGAAAUUUGGACCUCGUAAUCGUGCAGAGUACAUGCCUGUUCCAACCUGAUUGGUUUUACAUGUUUUGAUUUUAUUUUAAGAUGCUUGUACCUGAAAAAUGCUGAUUUCCUUCAGGCAAUCAAUUUUUUUUAGCUUCAUCCACAUUAUUUGCUUGUCUUCUUAGAAAAAAAGUCAAGAUAUUGUAAAAGACCCAAUGUCAUUGUUGUUCAGUGUCAUUGUUGUUCAGUGUCAUUGUUGUUCAGUGUCAUUGUGCAAAACCUUUAAACUUUGCCAUAACUAAAAAACCAUAAAGAUAUUUCAAUGAAACUUGGUAAUUAUGUUGCCAGGGACAAAUACGCACAUGUACAGGAAUGUUAAUAACUUCAAACAUCUUCCUUUUCUUAAAUUGAUAUUGUCAUACAGACUUUAUACCCUGUGUACAUUGUAUGUCCUUGGGUAUAAAUACCACAAGUAAGAAAAGAUAAAUUUAAUGAAAUCUUGUUCAUCCUCCAGAAUGCUACGCAUAUUACUUAUAGAAUUUGUUUGUGUCAAAUCACAUUCCUUAGUUUAAACACAAUUACGAACAUAUGUUCGAUGAAAGUUUGAACAAAAAUCAGCUCAUAGAUAUGAUGUUGAUAAUCUUAUUGUCAAAUAUAUUAAAAUCUUAACAAUCACGCCAUAGUUUUGUAAAUUGUUUGAAGCAAAAAGUAAAAAAAGUGAUACAUGUAAAGUAUUUUUUUUUAUAUUUAAUGUGUACAUUUGUCAGAUUAUAUUUAGUUAUAGGGCAUUAUAAAUACUAAUGGGUAUUUAAGGGAAAAAGAUCUGACAGAGAUAUUGGUAAAUUUGGUAUGGUCAAUUUGGUGAUAGAAGCUUAUGUGAAGAGUGGUCAAGUUCCUAAUUCUAGCCACUUUUACCGUAUAUUAACAUAGUGUCAUCAGUGAUGGAUAGCAAUUAUGAAGAAGAAUGUCUGAACUUGUUUUAAUGUUCUUUGUCAUGCUUUUUCUGAUGGUAUUGUUUAAAUUAUUAAUUAAGGCUGUAAAAAAACAACUCUAAAAAGUGUGGCCGGAUUUGAGGUACAGGUGGCUGUCAGAUACUCGAAAAGUUUCACCAUGCUGUAAGUGCUGCUUAUUACAUAGUGCAAUGAUGUAUUUAUAUAUUUAUAUAUUGACACCAAUUUUGUAAUGUUUACCUUUGCAUUAUGCUUUUCAAUGUUUUAUAAUUAUUUACAGAUCAUAAAGAUCUUUAAAGGACUCAUUCACAGAUUUUGUGUUGGUAAAAACUUUUAACUUUGUCGAAAUCGAGUAAUGUACGUUUUUUUUAUGAACAAACUUCAAACAGCAACUGGCACAUACACAGAAUUCUGUAAAAUCCAGGCUUAUGUUGAUUAAAUUUUCAAUAGCGUUUAAAGGUUUUUUUUGAAAAAUAGGGCAUUUUUGGUCUAGUAACAAUAAAGCUAUUAUUUGAACUUUUGAUAAGUUAUAACUAGCAUUUUGAUCACAUUUCAUACGAAUUAAAAAAUUGAUGUCUGACCUAAUUAAAUGUGAACGAGUCCCUUUAAGUUCAAUAGUUAUAGAGUGAAUCUCAAUUGUUUUGAUGUUCUUUUAAAGAUGUUAAGUUUAUAUCACCAGACUGGUAUAUUGUGAUUGCAUAUACAUAGAAAUUGUUCUUGCUGUAUGAAAUAGUGAUUUUAAGAGUGUAAUGUCCCCUGCAUAGCCUAGCAAAUAUAUAGCGAUCAUGUUGUUUGAUAGCAGUUAUGACCCUUGAAUUGUCAAAUUUGACCAUAUUCACCCGGUCUACUAACAAGCAUUUCUUAUCCAAGUAAGGUUUGACAGCGUCUGAUUGCAUUAACAUGUUUGAAAUUAUUGUCCUUGAAUUUUGAUUUUACCAUCUGUGCAAGAUAUUAUUAUAAUAUGUUAAUUUUACUUAAUCAAUGUUCAAUAGUAAAACCUAUCACUCCACGAACAUCAGUCCUACCCAUUAUUGAUAAUGUUAUCAGAAUUUCUGAUUAAAAAAUGAUGCAUGGGCAACAUAUCCAAUUUGCGGAAUUCUAGAUUUUGUGAUUUAAUGGUUGUAUCUACAUGUGAAAAUGUCUAAAAUAGUACAAGGGUUGUUUCAUUUGUCAGAUGAAAAAUAUGAUAAAUGUUAUAAUGGAUAUGUUUAUUUACAAUAAAGUACUGUCUAAUUCCCUGUAAAAUGUAAUCUCAUCCUAGUUUUCCUCUGAAUUCAAGGUGUUUAGACACUGGCAUUCCAUGUGCAUGGAUUUAUUUUAUGAUCUGCAUGAAUUAUUUAUACAUACAUAUUUAUGACAUAUUUCAUGUUUUACUUAAUAAUUAAUAACAUGAUUUCUUUGUAAUUAUCUUGUUCUAAUAAAAUAGUAUUGGUUUCAA